AUGGUUACUCACAGCUGUGCAACGAUCCAACUCCACAACUACGAUCUUGUAGGCCUAGAUCAGCGGCCUCUCUCUUUGAGCACAAAACUUGCCGCCUACAUCCGUGCCAGGGACGUUGUCAGGGCAAAAGGAACUUUCGAUGCAAUGCCAGAGAGGGAUCUUGUUUCAUGGAACUCGAUGAUUGCCGUAUUUGCCAAAAACGGGCAUCUAGUAGAGGCGGCAGAGCUCUUCCAGUCCAUGCCUGGGUGGAACUCGAUCUCUUGGAACUCGAUGCUGAGUGGGUAUUUGCGCAACAACGAGUUCCAGAUGGCUAAAGAGGUUUUCAAUGCGAUGCCAGAUCCUAAUCUUUUCUCGUGGACUGCAAUGCUUACAGCAUUUGCCAGGAACGGGCUUCCAGAAGAUGCUUUGGAGAUCUUUGAGACCAUGCCGGUUUGGAGCAUCAUCUCCUGGAAUGCAGUGCUAGAUGCGUUUUCUCGAGCUGGAAAGCUGGAGAAAUCGAGGAUAAUCUUUGGCGCCAUGCCAGAGCACGAUGCCGUUUCCUCCACUGCUAUGCUCGUUGUAUAUGCCCAGCAAGGGCAUCUUGCCAUCUCGAGAGAGAUCUUUGCGAAGAGAAUGCCGCACAAGGAUCUCAUUUGCUGGAACGCGAUGCUCUCGGCUCUGGCAGAUCACGGUCAUGUGGAAGAGGCCAAGCACGGGCAGCUCCAAGAAUCGCGACGCACCUUCGAUUCCAUGCCAGAGCGCGGCCUCGCGAGUUACAACGCGAUGCUCGCCUCUUAUGCCCAACACGGGGAUCUGGAGCGGGCCAGAGAGAUCUUUUCAUCCAUGAAGCUCUGCAACCUCUUGUCGUGGAACAUCAUGCUCGCAGCGCACGCACAGUCCGGAGGCUCGAUUGAAGGAGCAAAGAAGAUCUUCGAUAGCAUGCCACAGCGUGAUCAGAUUUCCUGGAAUUCGAUGCUCUUGGUCAGUGUGGAAGCACUUAAGUGUUCUGCUGAUUUGGAAGAUCUUGAGAGACUCUUCUUCACUCUAAUGCUGCUUCACGAUCUCGUGUCAUGUAAUCUGAUGAUCACGGGAUUCGCAAAGACCAAAAAUAUUGAGAGAGCAAAGCACGUAAUUGAUGAAACCCCGGAGAAGAAUUUUCUAGCUUGGAACACAAUGCUUUCCGCAUAUGCCGAAGCUGGGCAUUUUGAUCAAGCCGAGUCAAUGUUCUACAUGAUGCCAUUCAGGAGCUUGGCUUCUUCUAGCAUGAUGUUAUCCGUUCUAGCAAGUACAAAAAGGCUUAAAUGUGCUGAGAUUCUCUUUAGCGAGAUUCCAUAUCGGGACACUUCCUCUUGGAACUCAAUGAUUUCCGCCUACGCCCAGAAUGGACAUCUCAAAAGAGCUCGCAAGGUUUUUAAUGCUAUGCCUCACUUAAGCUUGGUCUCAUGGAGCUCCAUGAUGGCGGCAUAUACCCGCUCUGGGCAUCCUGAAGAUGCUCUUGAUCUCUUUCGAUAUUUGGAACUCCAAGGGUGUGUUCCUGACGAGGCAUGUUUCUUGUGUGCUCUUAUUGGAUCCAGUCAUACUGGGGACUUAUCUUCUGGGUGGAGGCUCUUUUGUGCGAUCAGUAGUGACCACAGCAUGAAACCCAACAAGGAUCACUAUGGCUGCAUGAUUGACAUGUUGGGAAGAGGAGCCCACUUGGUCGAUGCCACAGAGCUUCUAAAGCAAAUGCCUUUUGUCCCUGAUUUACGAGAAGUGGUCUCAUCUCUGUUGCUGGGGGUGGGCUUUCUCUACCAAGCUCUGGGAUCGUCUACAUGGGAGAGAAAACUAAUGGAUGCCAGUCUGGAGGAGGUGAAAGUUUCUUAUGAAUUUCUUCGGGAACAUGGAACAACUCCGGCACUAAGUCUGAAACAGGGAGUAGUUUGGAUGAGCAGAGAGCAAAUGGAGGAAGCAUCUGGAGACCGAUGA